AUGCAGUCUUCGGGGCAUAACAAUAUUGGAAGCGUUGACGUAUGCAACAAGAUCUUUGGCAACGCGUCGGCUUUAGCAAAACACAAACUAACACACAGCGAUGAACGGAAAUACGUAUGCAUUACAUGUGCGAAAGCAUUCAAGAGGCAAGACCACCUAAAUGGGCACAUGUUAACUCAUCGCAACAAAAAGCCUUACGAAUGCAAGGCGGACGGAUGCGGUAAGUCGUACUGCGACGCGCGCUCUCUACGACGGCACACAGAGAACCACCAUCAGCCCCCUGCUGACCACAGUGAGUAUUGUCUCAAUGGCAGCAGCAUCAAAGGAAGCGGUAGUGAAGGAGACUCAGCAUCAAACAGAGUCACGACCCCGACAUCUCCUGCCCGCACGAACCCACUGCAUACUGAGUCGACGGCAUCCAGUUCAGAGAAGUCAAGUACCUCAACGUCAGGCAGUAGUGAGACGAGUCCUCCGUGCACGCCCCCCGCGCCCCCCACACCGCCAGCGCGACCUAAACCUCGAGCGACCAGUAACAAACCAAAAACCACCACCUCACUAAGUAUCGGUGAUGCAGCUACGACGAUUCAUAUUCUACGAGAAUACUACACUCUCGCUACACUACACUCUACACACUCGUAG